UUUUUUUUUUUUAGCAAAUUAACCGGCUAGUAAGUGGGAAGUUAAUAGCGUUAAUGAAAAAUUUUGCGAACAGGAAACAGCUGACCGAGAAGCGAAUCUUCGAGGGGAAAUGAGAAAUUUUGAAGCCAAGGGCACAAAAGCUAUACCAGGAAGCCAAACACGGGUUUGUUUUAGGACAUGGCUUGCCACACAGUCAAGAUUAAGGGCAGGCAACUUAAUCAGUUUGCUUGAUUAUAUUACCUUGUGAUUAUUAGUGACCUGACAAUGGGAGUGCACGUUCAUUCAAAUGUCAUUCCAGACAUCCCAGCUAGUCACUCCAUAACUGCGAACUGCAACGGUGUUCGCAAUCUAGUCUGGUGUCAGCAGUCGUGCCUCAGAACAUCUAAGCAUCCCCUACAAGGAAGGCUCCUAUAACAUAGUCUAACUGGCUGCUGACGCUUCGUAUCUUGCUGCGAAACUUGAUGAGCACAGGAAUGCUUUUUCUGAUGGCUUUCCCUGAGGGACGGACCAUUAGAAAAUGAUAGGAGAUUAAAAAUUCAGCUUAAGCGAUUUUUUUUUUCACCCAUUUGUUGUGCAGAAUGGUUUUUGCAAGUGAGACCCUCUUCAACAAAUUUACUUAUUUGUUUAUUUUUAACGACUUCCAUACGACUUUUCUUCUGCUUGUAUUUUUUUUCUUUGCCUUCUUUGCUCGAAUUUUUUUCUAGCCUUUUUUUCCUUGUGUGAAGAAGGAAUUUUUCUAAUGGCCUGUUUUGGCCAGUAAAAUCGAUGUCUUAAAGAGGAUUAUUUAUGAAAAUGUUGUUGUUUCCCUCAAAUCUGCACGGAAUGAUUGACACAGCACCGUCGUUGCUCGGGAAACUGUGCCUGGAGUACCAGGAAGAAAGCCGUAUCGAGUGGUUMGUCGAAGUAACAACAGACCAUCAGYUUAUAAAUGGAAAUAUAAARUUUAGAAAAUUGGCCAAGGUUUGKAAGUUACAAUCUAUAUUUCCAUUUUGGRAAUCUGUUGCCAGAUAAUGAAGAGAACUAUCAAUCCUCUAGGACAGGAAUUGUAAGCCUGAGUGACAGGCGCUAGACAGGGAAUCAGGCACGCGCAGUGGUAAUUCAAUAUAUGAUUUAUCGCAUAUUUUCCUUCACGGAUUGAUAUGACUAGCUCCCAGUUGCUAAAGCCCUGCCCACCGCAAAGGUCAUGCGCAUGUUUUAUUGCUGUUACACUGCGGGACGAGGGAAACUGGGCUGGAGCACAUGUCGAUAUCGAUACAUGAAGUACAUAAUCGUCUUUCGGUGGUCGCUCUUUCGAAGUUUUCAUACACGUUACUAGUAACGUCUUUAAUGAUGACGAACAUUUCUUCUGCGGAAUGCCCGAUGACAGAAGUUGAAACUGGGAUUACACAUAGUUCCUAUUCUUCAAGUGUAAGUUCUUUCUUAAGCUCUAUUCUUAGAUACCGAUACGUCUUCAGAGGUCACAGAUUAUCUUCUCUUCAAUUGUUGGAAGAAUUGUUCAAUACUUUAAGUCUGGGUCAGCUUGGUUGGAAGUACGUCGCUACAGGAAGUGUGUCGGAGGGUCACUUUGAAAAAGUUGGUGACAUGGAUAAUAUGUGGGUUGAUCCAAGUCUUCAAGUGGUGUUUGAAAAUCAGACUGUUGCGGAAAGGAAAGGGCGUGACGUGCACCUCCUUACUGCCAAGUCAUUCGACCAUCCUGGAUUUUACCGCCUCUUCAGUGAGUCUGGUGAGUUACACGAAGUCUAUGAGCAUUGUAAAGUUCAAAUUUCUGAGGGGCCUGCCUACAUUUCCAGCGAAAUGUUCAUGGGAAGAAUGUUUGAUCAGUUGACGGCAGCACUCGAUGCCGAAAGUCACAAAGGCCCAGCAAUUCAACGGCCUGCCUUGUCACAAAUUCACAUGAAAACAGACGAUGUGUUUGCUCUUUACUCUCAAGAAUGGCCAGAUUUUGUCAGACAGGUGCGCUUUAAAAAUUCCAAAUGGCCACGUGGAAAGGCCCUACAACAGUUAGCCAGAGCUGGUUGCCAUGUUGUCCCCAUUGGUAAACAUAACAGUUUAACCAAAUCUCUGGAAUGGAGGCUUUCAUUUUCCUCAGCAGAAAAAAUGAUCAUGCAUUCGCUAAUCAACUCCACUCAGUUGUAUACUUACAACAUGUUGAAGCUCCUCCUGUCCCAUCUCAUGAAAGAAUCCAAGGUUGUUGAUGAGGUACUGUGUACAUACUAUAUCAAAACUGUUUUUUUCUUUGCCAUUGAAGAAGAGCCCGAGUACCUUUGGCAGGAAAGUACUUUGCUGGAUUGUAUUCAUUUGGUGAUAUCUCGGUUAUGUAAUUGUUUGAGAAACCAUUUGCUGCCAAACUUUUUUGUUCUGGAGAAUAACAUGAUUCAGCAUCUUCCAUUUCAGUCAUGCAGCAAAGUGGCAGAACUCAUUCAUACCAGAAUCCUGUCAAAACUGGAUAUAGUGCUCAUCCAUCUGGUGGAGCUUGGUAAGGUGGCUUUAGAAGAACAUAAUUGUCUGGCUAAAUUGUCGUCACUACCAGAAAUGACAGAUUACAGUGAUGCUGGAAGAUCAGAAUCAAUCUCUCACACAAUGAUUGAAGCAUUAAGAAAUCUGUCUCCUGCUAAAGAAGAACAUUUUUUAACAACAGUUGAAUCUACAUUUUGUGAAGGAAGCAUGUUAUCACGUGACUGGCACCGGAUGCAAAUUAGGAAUGACUUACAAAACUUCCUUGACCCUNUUUUUUAUGCAAGUUUACCAGCACAAUUUUCCUUGGGGAAACUGGAACAGGGAUUAUUGCUCUGUAUUGACCAUGCACCUACAAUGUUUCCAGCUCCAACUGCAAACUGUUUUGUGCAGAUUUUGUAUAGAGCAUGUGGAAAUGUUUGCCACCAAGCAUCACAGGUGGUACAACUUGACAAAGAAAAACAAAUGUGGCAGGACAAGGCUGAAUGUUACUACCAGAGAGGGAGAUAUGUUGUGUACGAUGAUGGAUUUGAUGAUAGGGGCUUCUCUGGCACAGUUCACUUGAUGCAGUUUUAUUACCUGAAUGGAAACUUUGAUGCUUGUUUUCAACAAAUAAAUUCCAUUCAAGAAGUUUUAAACUUUGUCUCCUUUGAGGAAGUCAAGGAUAUCUGUAGAUAUGCUGUUUUGACUGAAAUAUGCAAUCCUGUCCAUUUGCCUCUAUUGAUGAGCACAGACCCUAGUCUGCACAAAUAUUUCAGUUCCUUGAAGUCUGGAGAUUCAAGAUUCAUUAAUUCAAUGGCUUUUGCUCACUACAUGAGUAUCAAAGUAACACAGAAAAGGGAACAAGGAAAAUGGCAGGAAUCACUCAUGAGAAGGUUUGAAAAUUUCUGCCAACACUUUUUGCAUCUUCAAGCUCCAGUAAAAAUUGACAAAGUAGCAAGAGAAUCAUGUGAAUUACUUAGAGACAUAUUAAAGCAGGAAACCUAAAAAGAAAUAGUAAACCUCACCGAAUUAGAGCAGGGUGUUUGAAAAUAUGAAAUAAUCAAAUGUAAAUUGUGACACAUUUAACUCUUUCCCAGGUCACCCUGUAUCAUACCAGCUGUUGCUACUGCUGCUACAACUCAUACAAUGCUCAGGUUUCAGAGUUUGUCGUCUUUCUUGUGUUGUUUCUUAUGUCAGUAAUACUUAUACAACAUCCUUCAACAAACACUCCCUUUAGUGUUAAUACCAAGUUUGCAAUGUCCCAAGAAGUUACUGUAGUCAAAAUGGCAUGUAAAAUUGACUUAAAACAUGCCACCUUUGAGUUACAGUGAAUAAGACUUAAGUUUUAGCAAAGGAACACCUGAAUUAGAUUGCACCAUGGAAGAGUAUAAUUUAGAACUUACACUGUAACAAUACUGCUAGUAGAAUGUUCUUGUAUCCCUCUGCAGAUGUCACAUGGUGUUCAUUAUUUAACUUAAUUGAUCUGUUCAAGUUCACAUUCCUUUUUAAGUUCAUGUCAACAUCAAUCCCAUCCCAGGGAGUACUGCAAAUUAAAAGUGACGAGCAGUGAAUGAAGCCAUAGUUUAUGACCUCAAAAAUACUCAUAGGCCAAAAUGGUUUGUUGCUAUCUCCACCUGGCCCAUAAAAUAUAAUGUUUUAUGUUCUUAACAAUAAAAUGAGAUUCCCUGCCCAUUUGGCCACCUUUAAGCUGAUUGGCCACAAAAGGGCACUGAUUUUUGAUAGACUACCCUGGGAGCUUGUGCUGGUGAACAAUUGACAAAGUGUUCUUUUGAUGAAGAAAAAUAGAUUUUUUUUUUUGGCUCAUGUCUGUUUAUUUUAUGUUUAUUUUGCUGUAAUUCAUUUUGGUUGUUUAUUUUAAAAAUUCCAUCCAUCUGGUUAUUUUUUUCUAAGGGCCUGGCUGAACUAGGAAAUAUCGUUGCAGAGGCCAAUGAUCCAGUUUAGCCACAUGGGAAACAUGUUGUGGAGACAAGUUUUGCUACUCAGAAACAAGAAAAUGUUUUUGCUUCAGGUCAAAAACAUUUGUACUUCUCCGACACAAAUUUGGCUUCGACAUGUUUUCCAGUUUAGCCACCAUGAAAGCAAUGCAUGUUGCAAUGGCAUGCAUGAGUGAAUGUUGAUCAUAAAAAUAAAUUUGUGGACUAAUUGAA